AUGACGCAGCUUUUCCCGUCGAGUGCGUCCCCGGUGACGGCGAGCGAGAAACGGGGCAACUUCCCUGGCCUGUUGCCGGCCUCGAAGAAGCACACACAUGAGACUAGCCAUCUACCAACCCGGAUCAAGAACUUCUUCCGUCUCAACAGCUCGAGCAGCACCGCCUCCUCCCACAGCAGCCAUCAGGGUAGCGAGAAGGACCGUGACGCCAAUGCCGCCCGUGCGGAUGCCCGUUUCCGCCAGUCGCGCUUCCUGCCCACCAUCGGACGGAAUCGCUCGACUACCGUCGCCAGCGAGGGCAAUCCGUUGGACGAUGCCGUCUCGCCAACCGCCACGGCAAAUCCCUACUUUGCCCAUCAGGGCCAGCCCGCGCUGCGCCAUCGCAACGACGGCUCCGUGCCCUCCUCGCCCCCCGACACCCCAGAGCUGCAGGUCGAUGGCGUGUCGCCGACCGAGCAGGCCACCACCGCCAACAAGGAGGAGCUGGCGCGCAAGCUGCGCCGGGUUGCCUCCGCUCCCAACGCCCAGGGCCUCUUCGCCAACGGGGCCUCUGACGGGCGGCCCCAGACAGCCGAGCUGGGCAAGGAGCCCCUGCUUGAGCAACCGGGCGCUGCGCUCCAGGUUGGCCUCGUCGAUCAGCACACCGCUAAGGGUGGUGCUGCCUCCGCCGUCACCCUGGCCGUCCCUCCGCUGCCGACGGGCAGCAAAGUUCCGACUGCAGGCCAGAUCCUUGAAUCGGCCUCUUUCCGCCGCACUUAUAGUUCCAACUCCAUCAAGGUUCGCAAUGUCGAGGUCGGGCCAAGCAGUUUCGACAAGAUCAAAUUAAUCGGAAAGGGCGAUGUCGGCAAGGUUUAUCUGGUUCGUGAGAAGAAAUCGAGCCGGUUGUAUGCCAUGAAGGUUUUGAGCAAAAAGGAAAUGAUCAAGCGUAAUAAAAUCAAGCGGGCCUUGGCAGAGCAGGAGAUUCUCGCGACGAGCAAUCACCCCUUCAUCGUCACGCUGUAUCACUCGUUCCAGUCGGAGGACUAUCUGUAUCUCUGCAUGGAGUACUGCAGUGGCGGGGAGUUCUUCAGAGCUCUUCAAACGCGUCCCGGCAAAUGCAUCUCCGAAGACGCUGCUCGUUUCUACGCGGCAGAGGUCACAGCCGCGUUGGAAUAUCUUCACCUCAUGGGUUUCAUCUACCGUGAUUUGAAGCCAGAGAAUAUCCUCCUCCAUCAAUCAGGACACAUCAUGUUGUCGGACUUUGAUCUGUCGAAACAGUCUGGCCCUGGCGGCGCGCCCACCAUGAUCCCUGCUCGCAGCGGCAAUUCCACCAUGGCUCUCCCGACCAUCGAUACCAAGUCGUGUAUUGCCGACUUCCGGACAAAUUCCUUUGUGGGCACGGAGGAGUACAUCGCCCCCGAAGUCAUCAAAGGCUGCGGCCACACGAGUGCAGUCGACUGGUGGACCCUGGGCAUCUUGAUCUACGAAAUGCUCUACGGGACCACCCCGUUCAAGGGCAAGAACCGCAAUGCCACUUUUGCCAACAUUCUACGGGAUGAGGUGCCGUUUCCAGAGCACCAGGGCUCCCAACAGAUCUCCAAUAUGUGCAAAUCUUUGAUCCGGAAGCUUUUGAUCAAAGACGAGACAAAGCGUCUGGGGGCCCGGGCAGGCGCCUCGGACGUCAAAACUCACCCCUUCUUCCGCCAGACGCAGUGGGCGCUCAUCCGCCACAUGAAGCCGCCAAUGAUCCCCCACCAGGGCCGCGGGACCGACACCCUCAACUUCCGUAAUGUCAAGGAGAGCGCCAGCGUGGACAUCGGCGGGCCGACCCCGAGCAAGCUUAAAGGCGUUCCCAUGGACUCAGGCUUGACCACGCCUAACGGCGAAAUUGCCGAUCCGUUUGAAGAAUUCAACAGCGUGACGCUCCACCACGACGGUGAUGAUAUGUAG